UCAGUCAUCACUUUCAAUGUCUAGUGAAACGAUGAACAGAGAAAAUAUGUCGAAAAUAACUAUAAUUUUCUCAAUUAUUUUAUCGAUAGCGCCGACAGUUAUUCAGUCGGCAACAGAACUAUCAAAACUUAGUGAACAAAACAAUAGAUUGUCAUUAAAUUUGUUAAAUGUUUUGCCACAAAAUCAAAAUAACUUUUACUCGCCAUUAAGUAUCCAAUACUCUCUGUAUAUGCUGUUGAACGGUGCAAAUGGACGGACAGAUACAGAGAUCAAGACUUUAUUUGGUAUCAAACAAAAUGAAACAAUUAAUACAUUAAAUAAUGACAUUAAAAGUACAUUGAAUUCAAUGGGAGAUAAAAACAAUUUAAUAGAUUUUGUAAUCCGUUUUGCAAACCGUAUACUUAUAUCCAAAAACUUUAAUUUGUCGACAAAUUAUGAGUCAAUAAUUCGGGAAAAAUUUCUGUCGGCUAUCGAUUCGGUCGACUUUCGGUCCAAUUCAGCCAAUAUUACUGAUGAUAUCAAUGAAUGGAUUAGACAGCAAACUAAUGGCAAAAUUGAUAAACUUUUUAAUAAUCUAAAUAAUGAUACACUGUUUGUAAUAUCCAAUGCACUGUAUUUGAGUGCCGUUUGGGAAUAUCCUUUUGAUAACUAUAGCACAAUAGACACUGAUUUCUAUGGCUAUCUUAGGACAACUAAAGUGCCGACAAUGAGACAAAUGAGAAAAUAUCGAUACACUGAUAGUCGGACAUUGAAUGCAUCGGUUCUUGAAUUGCCAUUUAUUGAAGAAAGCAAUAUAUCGAUGAUUAUUAUACUGCCAAAUGAUGGUUUAAACAAAACAAUUGAAUCAUUGACAUUGGAUUCACUUAAUAAUGAGAUCAACAGAUUAUAUAACAAAUCCAAAUCACAAGUAAACCUAACGUUUCCAAAGUUUGAAUUAGAAACUGAAUACAAUCUCCAGAAUCCAUUGAAACAGUUAGGGCUGAGCACAGUGUUUGAGUCUAAUGCCGACCUGUCCGGCAUAACUGGCAGCCGCAAUGUACACGUAUCGCAGGCCAUACACAAAGCCGUGUUCAAAGUGACAGAAACGGGUGCCGAAGCGUCGGCCGCCGUUGGACUGGUCGGUGUGCCUCACAUUUGGAUACCGCCGGUUGAGGUCAAAGUGGACAAACCGUUUAUAUUUAUUAUAAGAGAUAUCAAUACGGGUUUGAUAUUAUUCUUGGGUCAGGUGCUCGACAUAAUGUUGUUAUUAUCGAUUAUAUUAUUAAUAUUAUUGUCAAUUUUGACCAUCAAUUGUCAAGUGAGACAUCAAAACGACGACAACUUGAUUUCAAUUAAUAAUAAGUUGGCUUUAAAUCUGUUGAAUACAAUGCCAAAGGAUGGCAACAAUUUUUUCUCGCCAUUAAGUAUUACAACGGCUCUGAUGAUGGUAUUGAAUGGUGCCAAUGGUAUCACCGAACAGGAACUCAAACAUAUCUGCAAUAUUGGUGACAAUGCAAAUAUCGCUACAAUCAAUGAUGAAAUAAAAAUUAUUUUGAAGUCUAUAGUGGAAACCGAUAACAAAGAUUUAGUAUUGAAAUUAGCAAAUCUAUUGUUGGUUACCAAUCAGUUAUCAUUGAAUAAAGACUAUAAACAAUUGAUGACCAAUACGUUUGACUCGACUGUCGAGUCGGUCGACUUUGCAAAUGACGGCCAAAAAGUUAUCGAUAAUAUUAAUAAAUGGGUGGAAAUACAUACCAAUAAUAAAAUAACUGAUUUAAUUAAAAUACCUUUGGAUCCAUUAACGGCAAUGAUACUGAUAAAUGCAGUCUACUUUAAGGGCACCUGGAGAUACUUGUUUGAUAAGAGUAGUACCAAAAAAGGCCAGUUUCAUGACUGGGGUAACGAUGAAACUGUUUCAGUCGAUAUGAUGUCAAUGAAGAGACGAUUUAAAGUCAAAAAUAGUAAACAAUUGGACGCAAAUGUCUUUGAAAUGCCAUUUAUCGGAGACAUGUCAAUGAUUAUUCUUUUGCCAAAUGAUAGGAAAGGUUUGGAUUCAAUGACAAAAAAGUUGAAUUUAAAGACAUUCAACGAUACGAUCUAUACUGUUAUCAAUCGGAAAGGACAGUCCAAUAGUUUAUAUUUUCCAAAGUUUAAGCUAAAAACAGAAUAUAAUUUGAAAGACUUGUUAAGACAAUUGGGAGGCAAUACAAUGUUCACCGAUUUGGCCGAUUUUUCCCGAAUCAAUGGCCAGCAAAAGCUGAAAAUUUCCGAAGCCGUACACAAUGCCUAUAUAGAGGUCAACGAAGAGGGCGCAGAGGCGGCGGCAGUUUCGCGAUUUCAUUUUUUGACCCGAACUUUCCGGUCAGAUCAGGUACGGGUUGAUCGGCCCUUUAUGUUUGCCAUUGUCGACAUCAAAUCGGGACUUAUUUGGUUUUUGGGCCAAAUUCGUACUCUUUUGGAAAAUUGAUUUUAUUAUCUUAAAAAAAUUAUUUAAAAAAUAAUUUAAUUGAUAACAUUUUGAAAAAUACUUACUGUUUUUUUCAUUUAUUAAAAAAAAUUAACAUUUUAUAUGUAAUAAUAUCACAAUUAAUUAAUUAUUAAAUAUUUAA